AUGAAUCCAUCUGUUAUCACGGGAGAUCGUUUACGACCUGACCUUCUGCUGGUGACUGAAAACAGAUGUUUAUACAUCCUCGAGCUUACAGUCGGUUAUGAAUCCAAUCUGCAAGUUAACGCCAAUCGUAAGCGUCAAAAGUACCGUGAUCUAAUCAAUGAGCAGGAAGCAGAUUAUGAUAAACUGGUUAAGUUCGUCAAUUUAUCCUUGAGUACCCUCGGAGUUUUUGGCCGAUCUUCUGAAAAUUUCGAUGGCAUGCUAAGUAGCCUUAAAUGUGAUGCCAAAUAUAGUAAAUACAUAAAAAAGAAAAUCGUGAACAUAUGCAUACGAACAUCAUAUUAUAUAUUUUGUAAACGAAACAAGGUGUGGGAUAACCCAAAAUUAAUGUUAAUAUAA